AUGGUUCUCUGUCCUGACACAGGCCUAACAGAGCAACAUGGCAUCAGAGUUGUGGGGCAAUGCGGCUCACCUCGCCUGUGCCUCUGGCUGCAGGAGGAGGAAUGCAGUGGGUGUGUGGUAGGCCCAGGUAGCGAGCAGAGACUGGCUCUGGUGGUGCUGAGUGACAUCAGAGCAGCAGCCCCUCCACAUGUCCUGCUCUUCCUGAACUACUUCUGUGCUCGGGUUCUAGGGGGCCCCUGUGGCAGCAGGUUAAGAACGCCCGGAGGUGUCUCCAAGAGUCAACUGUUAGUGUACACCCCAAGCAUAUGUUCUCGCUUUUUGUCCCACUGGGUUGUUGCUGAUGAAGGAGGGUCUAAGCUGCACAGCCCCCACAGCGCGAGGCCAGGCCAGGAGCACAGCUGGCCAGACUUGGUGGAGCCAGUCGACAGGCGCAUGGAGCGUAGCCCGCCCAGGGCCCGCUUCCUCCGCAAACAUGCCCAGUCCUCGUCAUAUGGGAACCAGGGAGGCUCCUCCAGAUGUGAGGCGGCCCAGUGGGCUGCGGGCGCCCGUCUGUCGCUGGCCAGCCUGUUGAGGGGGUCCGGGCGGAGGGAUACUCCCAGAGCAGCCUGGUGGGGGCCUUUAGCCACAGUGCUGCUGCCUGAACAUCUGGAGUCUAGACUCAGUGGCUCUGCUCGGAGCCUCACUCCUCCCUCACUGCUCCACAACCAGAGCCACGAUCGGCCUCAGCUGCUGCUCCCUCCCUCUUCUUCUGUUUGUGUAGCUGCUGGCCUCCACUGA